AUGGUUUGGGUAGACAAAAGUAAUUCAUUAACAGAGUUAAGACUUUGGAUAACAAAACUCAGGAGAACUAAUUGUAAACCUAAAACUGGGAUUGAUGCACUUACAGAAUGCAACAAAGAGAUACACCCUAACAUUUAUUUAUUAUUAAAAAUAUUGUGUACAUUACCCGUAUCUACCACUACUCCUGAACAUAUGUUUUCAGCUCUAAAAAAAGUUAAAACAUACCUACGGAAUACUAUGACUGAAGAUAGGUUAAAUGGGUUAAGUAUGAUGGCGGUCAAUAGAGACAAUAAAGUUAAUCCUGAAGAUGUAUUUGAUGAUAUUUCUAAGAGACCAAGGAAAUAG